AUGAUAGUUAGGAGGCUUACCACUUCCAAAAGGCAGGUCCUAGAGCAGCAUUACACUCAAGAACUUCUUCCUGAAAUCAAUUCCCUCUUCAUCCUCAGUUUCUUGGGUUCUAAAUUUGCGUCAUGGAUGAUGAGUGGAUUGCCAGGAAAUUUGAAAAAGAUUGUUCUGUCCAAUUGCAGAGAAUGUGAAGUAGUCCCAACACUUGGCCAUUUACCAAAUCUUAGACAUGUUGACUUUUACUUUAUGGAUAAGCUUAAAUGUCUAGGAGAUGAGUUUUAUGGUUAUAACAAAACCAGGGCAGCUUUGUUCCCAACAUUGAAAACGUUAGGAUUUGUUUCUUGCCACGCUUUAAUUGAAUGGAAGGAAGCAACUACGAUGUCAACAGUAGCUGUGUUUCCUUGCCGUGAGGAGUUGAGUCUCAGUUCUUUAAUGCAAUUGAAAAAUGCUCCCAGUCAUUUUCCAUCUCUCCGGAAGUUGAACAUACAUGUUCUUGACAAUGUCAUGCCAAUAGAAAACAUAUGCAGCCAACUAACCACUCUCACUUCCCUCUAUAUGCAAGGGAUUAAGGAGCUUACUUCUCUGCCAGUAGGGAUGGUGGAAAAGAACCGGAAUCUUUGGUCACUGAUUAUCGGCCAUUUUGAAAACCUGACGCACUUACCUGAUGGAUUGCUACACAAACUUCCUCUUCUUGAUGAGUUGUUUAUAUCAAGUUUCCCUAAUCUAGAGCUCAUUCCAAUUACAGAAGGCGUACCAUGUCUCCUAGAACUCAACAUUAAGGAUUGUAAGAAACUAUCAAGCUUACCGAGUGGGUUAAAAUAUUGCACCUCUCUUCAGAUGUCGAGUAUAAGUUGUUGCCCCAAUCUCAAAUCAAUUCCAGUUCUACAAGUCCUCCCACCAUCCCUCCUUAUGUUGGAAGUUGAAUUUUGUGGUGCAUUAACAAGCUUAGCAGGUGGUCUUGAAUGUCUUACCACCCUUCAGCAAUUCACCUCCCUCCGCAAAUUGUUUAUUUAUGAUUACGAACUGGAAUCCAUCAAUAGUUCUCUGGAGGAGUUGUCUUUACUUGGUUGCACAUCCCUCUGUGAUUUGAACAUUCGAAAUUGCAAAGGGUUCACAAGUAUAUUUAGUGGGCUAAAAUCUUGUACUUCUCUUCAUUCACUGUGUGUUAAUACUUGUCCAGACUUGAUGCAUUUACCGAUUGAUGGGCUGCAAACCCUCGUCUCUCUUGAGGAGCUGAGAAUAUGUUAUUGCCCUAAUCUAGAAGCUGUUCCCAGUUUGAACAACCUGACAUCCCUUCGUGAGUUGCAUAUUUGUAGUUGCGGAGGAUUGACAAGUAUACCAAGUGGGCUAGCCUCCUACACAUCUCUUACCAAUUUGUCACUCGACUCAUGCCCCAACUUGGUAUCUAUUGCAGAGGAUGUAUCUAGGCUACAAUCCCUAACUCGUUUACAAAUAUUUGAUUGUGGGAAGUUACAAUGUUUGCUGACUGGCUUGCAGUUUCUGACCCGUUUGGAACAUCUAACAAUUCGUGAGUUCUCAGAGGAGCUUGAUUGUUUCCUUGAUUUUGAGGCUCCACCGAGAGUUCAAAAAAUAAGGUUGUGGGGAUGGCCAAAGCUCAAGUCUCUACCUCAACAAAUUCAACACUUCACUCCUCUCACAUCUUUGUCUAUAAUAUCUUUUAACCAAGUGGAGACUUUGCCAGAGUGGUUAGGUAACUUUACAUUUCUUACAUUCCUGGGUAUUCAAAGGUGCGAGAAUUUGAUGUAUCUACGUCCGGUCAAAGCUAUGCAAUGCCGACAAUUACAAGAGCUAGUGGUUGAUGGAUGUACCCGUUUAGAGGAAAGAUGUGCAAAAAAGGUUGGCCUAGAAUGUCCUAAGAUUUCUCAUUUUACUGAUGGAUUAGUAAGCUUGGAGGAAGGGGAAGUACUUGCCCAAAGAGUUGCUUCAGGUUUCACAUUGAAGUGCAACAUGUUCGAUAGAGAGUCAUUCUCCGAGCGUGAGCCCAACGCGUUCGAUGAGGAGUCAUCGGAUGGUCUCUUUGACUCCGAUGUUGAAGGGGUGCCGUUGUCUAUUAUCUAG